AAGCCGGGUAGGCACUGGCUCCGUCGCCUCCAACGCCCCGGGCCGACAAGGGAAGGUGGGAUGCUCUGAUGGCCGGGCCUGCGGCGCUGAGCGCGGCGGCGGCUGCUCUGGUGGCCGCUCUGCUUCUGCUGCGUCGUGAGGACCCGGGGCCGGGGGCUGGCCCCAGCAUGGCCGAAACAGAAGCACUGUCGAAGCUUCGAGAAGACUUCAGGAUGCAGAAUAAAUCCGUCUUUAUUUUGGGCGCCAGCGGAGAAACCGGCAGAGCGCUCUUAAAGGAAAUCCUGGAGCAGGGCCUAUUUUCCAAAGUCACGCUCAUUGGCCGGAGAAAGCUCACCUUCAACGAGGAAGCAUAUAAAAAUGUGGAGGGAUUUGUUCGUGUUGACCGAGAUUAUGUGCUGAAGUCUGCAGAGCUGGCAAAAGCUGGAGGGUGCAAACAUUUCAACUUGGUAUCCUCUAAAGGAGCUGAUAAAUCAAGCAAUUUUUUAUAUCUACAAGUUAAGGGAGAAGUGGAAGCCAAGGUUGAAGAAUUAAAAUUUGAUCGUUACUCUGUAUUUAGGCCUGGAGUUCUGUUAUGUGAUAGGCAAGAGUCUCGCCCAGGUGAAUGGUUGGUUAGAAAGUUCUUUGGCUCCUUACCAAAAUCUUGGGCUAGUGGGCAAUCUGUGCCCUUGGUGACUGUGGUUAGAGCAAUGCUGAACAAUGUGGUGAGACCAAGCGACAAGCAGAUGGAACUGCUGGAGAACAAGGCCAUCCAUGACCUAGGGAAAGCACAUGACUCUCUCAAGCCAUGACCACACAGGAGAAAUGGUUGUUAUUGUCAGUCUUAACACCCAUCACCAAAUCAGUAAUUUCAGGGUCUAAAAAAAGUCCGCAUAUUUUAGCUUUAUUGUUUUACUAUCCUCAGGCAUCCAUUCCAAUCAAGAAAUGAUGGUGCUCUGAAUCAGUGGUUCAGAGCCUGGUUAUACAUAUAGAUCCUCAGCGAGCUUUGGAAAAAUAAAGAUGUUAGCCGUAUCUCAAACUUGAAUCAAAAUUUCUGGGGUGUGGGCAGAAUAAUCUGUAAUUUUCUUUGUUUAUACUUCCCCUGAUGCCACUGGUUGGGGGGCCUGCUUUGAAAUGCCUGUCUGCAGAGUCACAGCAGCCGGGAAAACCUUGUGACCAUGCAAAUGAGCUCUGCUCUAAAAUUGUUGACAUUCACAUCUCUGACUUACAAAAGUGCUAAUUCCCUACGUGUAAUUGUGUAAGUAAACAUUGUGCCUUUACUACUUUAUGUAAUAGAAAUUAUAUACCUAAGCUUAUAUAAUACAUGGGGAGGAUUAAAUAAAGGAAUAAAGAUAAAUUGACAACUCC